AUGGGUAAAGCAAAGACCGCUAAGCGCGGAAACGCAAGUUCGACUCCCUACGAACGACCAGCUAAACACGCUGCUGCCGCAGCCAACAAUGUCUUCAAGUUCAGCAAGGACUUCGGCCAACACAUCCUUAAGAACCCGGGUAUCGCAGAAACAAUAGUAAACAAGGCGAACCUAAAGCCAACAGAUACCGUCCUCGAAGUCGGUCCAGGAACCGGUAACUUGACGGUGAAAAUCCUCGAGCAGGCGAAGAAAGUGAUCGCAGUAGAAAUGGACCCCCGCAUGGCCGCCGAGACAACAAAGCGCGUGCAAGGGAAGCCGGAGCAGAAACGACUCGACGUGCUUCUCGGCGACGUGAUCAAGACCACGCUCCCGCAAUUCGACGUGUGCAUCUCCAAUACACCGUACCAGAUCUCCUCGCCCCUCGUAUUCAAGCUCCUCUCCCUCCCGAACCCCCCGCGCACCUGCGUGCUCAUGUUCCAGCGCGAGUUCGCGCUGCGUCUUACGGCUCGCCCCGGCGACGCCCUGUACUGCCGGUUGUCGGUGAACGCGCAGUUCUGGGCGCGCAUAACGCAUGUUUUGAAAGUCGGGCGGAAUAACUUCAGACCACCCCCGCAAGUUGAUUCUAGUGUGGUGCGCAUUGAGCCGAAGCUUGGGUCCGAUCGACCGAACAUUAGCUUUACGGAGUGGGAUGGCAUGCUCAGAGUGUGUUUUAACCGAAGGAAUAAGACGCUCAGAGCUUCUUGGUUGGGGAAUAAGGAGGUUCUUGCUAUGGUAGAACGGAACUACCGGUUGUGGUGUGCCACAAAUGAUAUCCUGGUCGAUGAUACCGUGGCGGAGGACGAGGAAGAUGAGAAUGACGAUAUGGAGAUGGAUGGAGAUGCGCAGCCGAGCGCCGGGGACGAAGGCGAAUGGGGUGGCAUCAUGGAUGUUGAUGCGGAGAACGACGAUACGCCUUCGUUUUUCCAGGAGUUGAAGGCGGCUGGGAGCGAGAUACCCAAGACGAAAAGCAAACGGAAGAAGACGAGAGUCGCCUUAUUGGUGAAGGAGAAGGUCCGAAAGGUCCUCGAAGAUGUGACCGAACUGGCCGAUAAGAGAAGUGGGAAGUGUGAUGAGAAUGACUUCCUCCACCUUCUUGCAGCUUUCAACGCGGAGGGGAUUCAUUUCUCAUGA